UCGGAGCGCGGAGCUAAUUUCCUUAAGACAUUUUCUCCGUUCUUCCCACCCCGGCUCUGGAAAGAUGGUAGGUCCCACUUCCGGUCUCCCCGGAAGUUUCGCGAUGGAGCGAGGAGAAACGCCUGGGGAAGAAAGACAGUCUGGCCAUCAUGUUCUGCCUACCAACUUGGAAUCCGACAGUUUGAAGAAGAGCAAUUGGGGGUUCUUGUUUACUGGGAUCAUUGGUGGGGCACUGGUGACAGUGUACGCUGUGGCCACCCCAUUUAUCACACCGGCCUUGCGGAAAGUUUGCUUGCCGUUUGUGCCUGCCACUUCGAAGCAGAUUGAAAAUGUCGUGAAGAUGUUGCAGCACAGAAGAGGCUCUCUGGUUGACAUCGGCAGUGGCGACGGACGCAUUGUGAUUGCAGCUGCAAAGGAAGGAUUCCCAGCUGUCGGCUAUGAGCUGAACCCUUGGUUGGUCUGGUACUCCAGGUACCGUGCCUGGAGAGAAGGGGUGCAUGGCUCUGCCAAGUUUUACAUCUCAGAUCUGUGGAAGGUCACCUUUGCACAGUACUCCAAUGUCGUCGUUUUUGGUGUGCCCCAGAUGGAGACAAAUCUUGCACAUAUCAGAUGUGAUUAUUUAUGGAGCUCUCAGGAUUUCCUUAGGCGUAGGGGACACUUCCCACUUCCAGCGGCAAAUGCACUCCUAGCUGUGGGCUUUGAACACAGUUUUUAUUCAGCUGCUUCCCCAUCGAUCCUGCCAAGAUGUAUGCUGGACAGCGGCCGCAAGCCUGGCGUGGGAAGACCUGCCUUCUUAUUUCUUCUUGCUGGCCCUGGAGUUCGCUGCUUCCUGGAGUCAUCUUUUGGAAGCAGCGCUUACUUUCAUGUUGCAGUUUCUCCACACGUCUGGAAUUGCCUUGGCUCCUCACCUCCCAGUAAUGCCAGCAGAGACCUCUUCCUCAGCUCUUGGGGCCCCUCCUCUCAGUUUUGGCUAUUUCAUAAGCCUAAACUCUGCUUUAGCUGCCCAGGUCUGAUGUCUUAGUUACUCUCUGCUUUUUAAAGGAGAUCAAUAUUUGACUGUCAUCUCCUCAUGUUAAAUUCUUAGUUAAACAGUGGGCACACUUUGUUUCUGAUCUGAGUGGCACAUGUCCCUAGUGAUAGAAACACCAAUCAGUAUCCUCCAUCUUUUUAGAACAAUCCUGAUUAUUUGCAGAGUAUGCACAAAAUGUAUUACAUAUGAAAGAGGACAAGAACAGGAAGGAGCUGCAGACAUCUUCGGCAGAGCGUCCUGCCUCCCUGUGGACACUGCCAGCAGCUGCUAUGAGGGGCACCACAGUGGGAAGAUUUGAGAGGGCGGGCUCAAGGCUUCUUCCGGGAGGGAUAUGAGGCAAGGCAGGGAACAGUCUGGGCCUUUGUUUCAGGAGAUGGAGAAGGUACUUUGGCUGGGAGGAUAAUUUU